AUGGGGGCCCCCUGGGGGCCCCCCCCCAGCCCCCUUUGGGGGGCCCCCCAAGGGGGGCCCCUGUGUAUGCUGUUGCCGACGCAGCAGCAGCAGCAGCAGCAGCAACAGCAGCAGCAGCAACAGCAGCAACAGCAGCAGCACUACACAUAUCAGCAGGCGCUCGAGCAGCAACACGACGGAGAAAAAACACAGCAGCAGCAGCAGCAGCAGCAGCAGCACAAUGAACAGCAGCAGCAGCACCCCGACCACGAACAACAACAACAACAGCAGCAGCAGCAGCAGCAGCAGCAGCAGCAGCAGCAGCAGCAGCAGCAGGAUGCUUUCGCUUCAGUUGAUUUUUUGCGUUUAGGGGUUCUUCCUUCUAUGGUAGAAUGUCUGCAGCAUUGGGGUGUACAGGCAGCUAGCUGCAUGCAAGCUGCUGCUCUGCCGCUGCUGCUGCAGGGGUCAAGCGUCUCCUUAUUGGGGGAGACAGGCAGCGGCAAGACCCUUAUAUAUAUUAUUUCUAUAGUACAACGUUUGGUGGUGCUGCAGCAGCAGCAGCAGCAGCAGCAGCAGCUACAGCUGCAGCAGCAACUACUGCUGCAACGCAGACAACAUCAACACCUACCCCCCCAAAACAAAAACACACUGACCAAAAAAACUGCUGCUGCAGCAGCAGCAGCAGCAGCAGCAGCAGCAGCAGCAGCAGCAGCAAAAUAUCCUGUUGCUGUUAUACUCACACCCACACGAGAGCUCGCGCUGCAGACAGAAGGAGACAGAAUAGAUAGAGUGAUGGAGGUGUUGGGGGGCCCCCUUAGGGGCCUCAAAGCUCUUGUCUUUUGUAAUACAGCAGCAACAGCAAAAAGAGUUGCUGAGGGACUGCAGCAGAGACUCCAGCAGCAGCAGCAGCAGCAGCAGCAGCAGCAGCAGCAGCAGCAGCAGCAAGUGUUUUUGUUUACAGCUCAGCUUCCCCCAUUGACUCGCGCGAAGGUGCUGAAGGAUUUUUCUGCUGCAGCAGCAGCAGCACCGCUGCAGCAGCAGCAGCUCCCUCUCUCCUCCUCCCCCCCCCCGUCACAACCACCGCCAGCAGCAGCAGCAACUGCAGCAGCAGCAGCAGCAGUGCUGGUGUGUACAGAUGCAGCAGCAAGAGGGCUUCAUAUAGAAGGGCUUCAGGGUGUUAUACAAUACGACUUUGCUUUGUCUGCUGUCUCUCAUCUGCACCGUGUGGGGCGUGUAGCUCGCGCGGGGAGACAGGGGACAGCUGUCUCCUUUUAUCUCCCUCAUCAGCAGCAGCUAGUUGAUGCUAUUUGCGGCAACAAACAGCAGCAGCAGCAGCAGCAGCAGCAGCAGCAGCAGCAGCAGCAGCAGCAGCAGCAGGAAAGGCGCUCGGUUGCUGCGGCGUUCAGCCGCAAAAGGUCCUUCAGCAAAAAAAUUAGGAAACAGGCUGCUGCUGCAGCAGCUGCAGCUGCAGCAGCAGCAGCAGCAGCAGCAGCAGCAGCAGGAACUGCAGCAGAUGCUGCUGCUGCUGCUGAUGCUGAUGCUGCUGUUCCUUCUGCUGCUGCUGCUGCGCAGUGA